AUGUCCAUUUCAUUUGAAGCACUUGCUAUGGCAGGAGCUGAUUACCAUGAACGCGGCAUCUCAAUGGAAGAAUGGGAACGAUCGGAGAUGAUGACGCCGCCGCAUUUAUUAGCUGAAGAAGAAGAAGAAGAAGAAAGGGAAGAUCAUAGAGGUCAUAUGAGCUCAGGGGAAUCAGUUCCGGUAUUCUUUUCAUCAUCCUCAAGAAACGGAGAAGAAGAAUAUUGUAGAGACAAGUACAAAGGGGAGAAAAAGUUGGGUAUGAUUAAGUUAGUGAAGCAGUUGAGCUCCAAAACGAUGAUGAUCGAGAGAAUGUUGCCAGCAGAGACCAGCUUGACACCAAAAGUUGAGCCAUGGUUGUGGAAGAAUUUACUCAGGGUCUUAAUAUUAGAAUUUAGGAGGAUGUUUAGUUUGUAG